GAGGAAGAGAUUCUCAACUGGAGGUUCAUGGCAAUGGUGAUCGGCCGAUUGUCCUUAUUCCUCUUCACUGGCCUUAUAUUCGGCACCACGGCACUUAUUUUCGCAUUCUGCCCGAAUUUGUUUACGGAUAGCCCAAUUGUUGAUAUUGAAUGA